AUGGGUCAUUCGGUGCCUCAGCUUAACGACAAGUCUCUCCUCAAAACUCAAGCAUAUGUGAACGGAGAAUGGAUCGGCGCAAAAUCAGGCAAGACCUUCGAGGUCACAGACCCAGCAAACGGCAAAGUGAUUGGAACAAUGCCUGAAAUGGACCGCGCAGACACCGAAGCUGCCAUCGAAGCCGCAGCCGCAGCCUUCCCCUCCUUCCGCAAGACCACAGGCCGCGAGCGCGCCCGCAUGCUCCGGAAAUGGUACCAACUUAUGUUGGACAAUGCCGACGACCUCGCGAAGUUGAUAACGUGGGAGAAUGGGAAGCCCCUGGCUGAUGCGAAGGGCGAGGUUACCUAUGCCGCGAACUUCUUUGAGUGGUUCUCUGAGGAAGCUCCGAGGGUGUAUGGGAAUACGAUCCCAGCGAGCAUUGCAGGGAAUAGGGUGUUUACUAUCAAGGAGCCGGUUGGAGUUUGUGGGUUGAUCACACCGUGGAACUUCCCCGCAGCAAUGAUCACCCGCAAGAUCGGGCCAGCUCUCGCAGCCGGCUGCACCGUAGUCGCAAAAUCCCCCGGCGAAACGCCAUUCACAGCAGCCGCGCUCGCCGAGCUCGCGCACCGCGCCGGCAUCCCCAAGGGCGUCGUCAACUUCAUCACCGCUCUCAAAAACACCCCCGAAGUCGGCGAAGCCAUCACCUCCUCCAGCACCGUCAAGAAAGUCUCCUUCACAGGCUCCACAGGUGUCGGCAAGCUCCUCAUGAAGCAAUCCGCCACCACGCUCAAGAAACUCUCCUUCGAGCUCGGCGGCAACGCGCCCUUCAUCGUCUUCGACGACGCCGACCUCGACACCGCCGUUACGGGCGCCAUCACAUCGAAAUUCCGCUCCUCGGGCCAGACGUGCGUCUGCGCCAACAGGAUAUUCGUGCAAAGCGGCAUCUACGACGACUUCGCCACCAAGUUCGCCGAGAAGGUCAAGGGCUUCAAGGUCGGCGGCGGCUACGACGAAGGCGUGACGCACGGCCCGCUGAUCCACGACCGCGCCGUCUCCAAGGUCGAAGCCCACGUGCAAGACGCCGUCAACCAGGGCGGCAAGGUCCUCAUCGGCGGCCAGAAGCUGCCCGAUCUCGGCGCCAACUUCUUCCAGCCCACCGUCAUCCGCGACAUGACGGCCGACAUGCAGCUCGCGCACGAAGAAACAUUCGGCCCCGUCGCCGGCCUGUUCAAAUUCGACACCGAGGCCGAUGUCGUCAAGCUGGCCAAUGCGACGGAGGUAGGGCUCGCGGGGUACUUCUUCAGCCGGGAUGUCCAGCGGUGUUACCGUGUGGCUGAGGCGCUGGAGGUGGGCAUGGUGGGUGUUAACACGGGGUUGAUUUCGGAUCCUGCGGCGCCGUUUGGCGGGGUCAAGGAGAGCGGGUUUGGGCGCGAGGGCAGCUUGCUGGGUAUUGAGGAGUAUCUAACUACGAAGACGAUCACGCUGGGUGGGAUGGGUCAGCCGCUUCAGGGGGCGUAGUAAGUAAGUAAGUAGGUAGGAGGAUGCAAUGUACAUGAAAAUGAUUCGAUAAGGUACCUCAGGGGCCGAGAGAGUAAUGGGGCACGUAUGAGUUCUGCUGCACUGCUACCAUCUCGAGCUCUCGCGCCGCAGCUCCCGACCAUAUGGU